GUAGUGGGGGUAGUAGUAGUAGUAGUAGUAGUAGUAGUAGAAGUAGUAGUAUUAUUAAAAGUAAUAGUAGUAGUUGUUGUAGUAGAAGAAGUAGUGAGUGUAAUAAUAGCAGAAGUAGUAGCAGUAAUAGUACUGUUAAGAAGUGCCACUUCAUUGUCUUAAGUGUCAACGUCUUUCACGUAUCAAUAGUUCUGUUUUCUUUUCUUGUUAUAUUUUACCAAUUUUAGGUGUUCCAAGGAAAUACAGAUCGUAAUGGUAUUGUCAGACACGAAUUGAGCCCCAUUAUCAGAGCAUCUAAAAUUCGCUUUGAAGUGCUGGCGUGGCACAACAAUAUUGCAAUGAGAGUGGAGUUAUAUGGUUGCAGUGGUAAUUAAAGAUUCAAGCAUUUUUUCUAUUUGUCUUCAUCAAGAACGAUCAACAGUUGCUAGUUUCCAAUUCAAACCUGAAGCUUUGGAUGAAAGCUACUUGAAUGAUGCACAACAUCUAAACCUUUUUUUAAAAUUUAUUUUAAGACUAAUUAUUUAGUAUAUGAUGCACAGCGUGAUAUGAAAUUAAAAAAAAAGAAAGACUCACUGUACUAAAGUCACAAACCUAUUAACUUACACACUGACUCACCAACUCUCUUACUCACUAAGUCACUGACACACUAACUCACUGACUCAGUGACCCACUAAAUCACUAACUCGCCGACUCACUGACUCACUAACUAACUGACUCACUGACUCCCUAACUCACUGACUCAUUGACUCACUGAAUCACCGACCGGCGGACUCUUCAACUAACUUACUGACCGACUGACCCACGGACUCACUGACUUACUGACUUCGACUUACUGACCCAGAGAAUGAUUGAGUGGCUCAUAGGCAAAUAGAGAGAAAAACCGGCUGAUCGAUUGACAGAAUCUUUGAUUAUUAGUGACUGACUUACUGAAAAAUUCUAGCUGGCUGACUGACAAGCUGACUAUGUACCUGCUCCGCCGUGUUCAUCAUUGACAAUAUUUCAAAUAUUCUUGUGCGUUUGUGAUAACAACUUUUAAAACUGUUGGUGAUUGGUAUUUUUUUUUAUUUUCAUGGCUUACCACUAACGAAUUUUAUUCAUGUUGUACAGAUCCCUGUUCGAGCAAUCCAUGCCUGAAUAAUGGCACCUGCACCAGUGAUCCCAGUGGCUCCUACACUUGUGCAUGUCCACCGAUGUACACUGAUUCUCUGUGUGCCACUUUGGAGGGUAGGGCCGAAGAUUUAAGGGUACAAUGGAGUAGACAGUACAAUUUUCUCAACGUCAAUUUAACAUAAACUUAUAGUAGGAAGUAAUAGUAACCCUCUGCAGCCCUUUGGUCUCUUGUUAGAUAUUUUGAUAUGUCGAACCGUUUUCUAAGAGUUUUUCACCAUUCCUGCCAUUGCUAAUCCAGGUACCAGGGAGUUGCAAUGAAUUUUACAUACCUCAUCUUUUAUAUACAUGCAUACACCCAUACAUACAUGCACACAUACAUUCAUGCAUACAUAUAACAACCACACACAAUGUCAACACAUUUGAGAGGGCAAAAGGAAACUAAACAUGUCGAUAUCAUGACAACAUUGCAAAUUGGUUACUUCUUGUUGAGCUCUCGAUGGCUUUAGUUCUCUAGGGAAGAUUUAACGUCGGUAUUCUUUCGUGUUUGUAUGUUAUACAGACUUUUGUUUAUCAAACCCCUGUCAAAACGGCGGAAACUGCAGUAAUACGCAAGAUGGCUUCAAGUGUACAUGCCUCAUGUGGUACACCGGGAACGACUGUAGCACAAAACGUAAUUACAUUUCUUGUUUACCAAUAUAUCGCUUAUAGCAAUCAUCAGUUGCUCUUUGGCAUUACAAUGAUAAAAGAGUUCUAGCAAGGUUCCUUAAUGAAUGAACGAACUAACGAGGGGACAGGCAAAUGAAUAAAUUGAACAAACAGGGAUAAGUAGAUCAGACAGACAGAAUGGCAGGUUGAAAGAACCACUGCCUCGCAGUGACUGACCGCCAAACAGAUCAGCUUAUCAAGAUUGAUAGCCUAGCAGACCGAUAGACUCUGAGGAAGUGCUAACGCUCCAAACUUUAACUUUGAAACUCUUAACGGCGGCCAAUUUGCGUUAUCAACUCAUUUGAUAAUACCAAAUUACCUUGUUAAACUGUAUGUCAGACUGACACCCCUACUUUCUGACCAAAUGACACACUGACCGACUCACACACUAAAAAUGUGACAGACGGACAGACUGACAAAGGAACUGAAGGAUAGAUCGACUGACUGACAGGUCAACAGACGGUUAGAAAUCUCGUACAUGAGAAUUAAUUGUGGGGCACAAAAUUUUUGACUUGCUGAGUAAUGAGUGUUUCGUUAAAAAAAAGUCAUCACCCGACAUUUGACAAAAAAACAUUUAAAGAUCUUUGUAGCUUUUUAUGACGUACUUUUACUCUGAUAUUCAAUCAGAACAUUUUUUUUCUAACAACAGAGUGUCACGGGCCUCUUGGGAUGCAAAGUGGUGCAAUACGAGACCAUCAGCUUAUUGCAUCCUCGGAAAAAGACAAUUCUUCUAGCGUUCGCUAUGCAAGACUGCACUACGAGAACAAAAAGAAGCCAAAGUCAUGGGUACCUUUACUGGACCAUAGAGAUCAAUGGUUGCAGGUUAAUUUGGGGAACGAGCUGACCUGGGUCACUGGUGUAGCUACCCAAGGAAAACAGGGUAAAAGAGGAGCAUGGGUCAAAAAUUUCCUGCUGAGGUACUGGGGAGCUGGAGUACGAGCGCAGUUAUACAAGGGUCAUGGGGAUAUCCACUCCAAGGUGAGUGAAAUAGAGAAUAAUCCAUGGGCGAGGGUAUAAAAUUGCUCUUCAAGUAUUCAAUGUUUAAGGAUUGCUGUGCUCACCUGUUGAAAAAAAUUUGAACACUCGACGAAAAGUCGAUACCUACAGGUAACUGUGUAUUAUUUUGUUUAUUAUGUAAAAGGACCUUGGAUUGAUAAUGUUGAACGCUUUACCAUUCAUUCAUCAAUCUGACAGAGAGGUGCAAAGGGCACACGUGGGCUGUUUCGGCUUUUCUCAGGAAUAAGAAACCUUAAAAAAAAAGAACAAAAAAAAAGGGAAAUAUAAAACAACAACAACAACAACACCCUGAAUGUUUUUUAUGAAGUCUUAGAAAUGCCAGGAUUCGCUUAAUUCCUUGAGAUAAGCUCAGGUGUAUUGUCGUGAUUUAAAAAAAGUAUAAAUGGAAUGUGGUUAAAACGAAAGGCUCAAAAUUGUGUUUAGUUUCUUCAGCUUGCACUUAAGCUUUAAUUUUACUAAGUUCAUCGUUCAUCAUCACCGUAACUGUGAUAAAUAUUAUUCAAUACCUCAGAUCCGAUGAAGAGGGUUCAGGAUAUGCUCUAAGAUGGAGUGUCCCAUCCUCCAUCUAAACGGUGGCGAGUGACUGAUUCGUCGCUUUUUACAGUUUAAAUUUUCUUAUCAAUCUUUCAUUGAUUACCUUCUUUCCAAUUUCAGUUAUUUGUUGCAAAUACAGACAGUAGCAGCGUUUCCCGUCAUGAACUGGAGCCACCAGUCAGAGCGAGUUUCUUUCGCUUCUAUACAAGGCAGUGGCACAAUAACAUAGCAUUGAGGAUAGAGCUCUAUGGAUGUAGAGGUAAUAAAGAGUUUUAGAUAAAACACAAUCAGUAUAACAUCUGAAAGCAAUUAAAAGCAAAUUUCGGGUAUGAAUGGAAAGAAUGCAUCUUCCAGCGAUCUCUCAAAAAUACUUGAGUCUGAUUGACAACUGUGCCUGCAAGAAUAGCCUUAAGCGGUUGAAAACGAAUUACAAUGAAAAUCAUGAUUCUCUCUUGUUACAAGGUUCUGUAUAUCCAUUUGAUUUAUACUGAAACAAUUAUAUUAUUUGCUCUGGAUUUAAACUCACAAUCGUCUAUUCCGUGGUCGUCAACAAUAUAACACUGGUGUCGAACGAAAUUUCUUUCGUGUAAUAUUUGAUGAGGGCGAGGCCCGAAUCAAUUUUCAUUCAUGGAAAAAUCGAGAUCGCAUAAUCUUAACGUUUUGGCAUGUAUUUGGUAGCCAUUAAAGCUUGUUAUUUAGUUUAUAAUUGUUCAUAGUUAGCCAACUUUACAUAACUCGCUAUCCAUCAUGGAUGGUGAGCAGAAAAGCGGUACACAAACCUUAGGUACUUGACACAGUCACCGACAAUAAUAAUCUUGUGAAUCUUUCUACUGAUCAACGCUUUUCUCCCAGACGCACUCUAAUCUCUCUCCUCAAUUAUUUUGCAAACUUUUUAAUUAUCGUUUGAAAUGUCUGUAGAUUCUUGUUUAUCAUAUCCCUGUCUGAAUGGUGGAACCUGUAACCGUAACUUAAUAACCGGAGGUUACACCUGCAGUUGUUCUUCGGGAUACAAUGGUGAUAGAUGUGAGAUUGGUAAGGGACUUCUCUAGUUUCAAUUAAAGCUCGCCAUGUUCAGGUUAAAUCUAGAUAACAUCCUCUUUUUCCAUCUCAUUACAGGCGAUGUAUGCUCACUUAGUCAGCCAUGUUUAAAUGGAGGUACCUGUUUGUUCCUUCAUCACUGGCCCUACUUCAGAUGCAGUUGUUCAGCUGGAUACCUGGGCCAUAAUUGCUGGUAUCAAAUACGUAAGGAACCUAAUUAUGUCGUUCUUUAGACCACCAAACAAAUACAUAGACCAAGAAUUUAAGAAACAGAUAAAAGAUGGAGUAAUUAUAUGAUUACAUCAUUUAACAAACAAAAAAAAAAAACAAGAACACAGAUGGAGGAAUGAACCAAUAAAUUUACAGGCUGACAGACAGACUGAAAUAACAAAAUGAAAGGUUGCCAGAAGGAAGAAAGAUGGAAAGGCAUCUAAACGGAAGGAUAUAGUGACCGAAAAUGGAGGGUUGAAAGAGACACAUAAGGGAAGAUUGACAGAAUAACAGAAGUAUAAAUUAGUUGAAUUAAUGAAAAAAUGGCUGAAUGAGAGAAUUACAGAGUGAUGGAGUGAUGAAAUGAAAACGUGAUAGGCUGACAGCAUGUCAAAAUAAGAGGAUGACAGAAUGACUCUCUUGACUUAUCAGUAAACUAAAACAAUAUCUGGACUAGCAGAACUAAAACAAAUAAAAUGGAAGUUUUAAAAUGACAACAGAUUUCAGAUUAAAUGUUCUCCUCCUUAUUAACAGCUGAUCAGUGUUCCCCUAGUCCUUGUUUCAACGGAGGAACUUGUGAAUACAUCGAUGAAUGGCCGUAUUUUGAGUGUGCAUGUCCAUCGUCGUACUCAAGUUAUAACUGUGGAUCUGAGUCAGGUGCUAUGGUCACUUAUGUUAUUAGAGGGCGGGAUGAUGUGUAAGGAGGUGACGAGCACAAAGCAUCGUAUUAAAAAAAGUCCAAUCGCACAGCAUUGAGGCUGUGUAUGUUGCAAAACGUAAAGGAACUGAAUAAGGGACCUCUUGAUUUUAUUAUAAGGGCAAAUAAGAUUACAAGUAAAGAGAUGAAUGCUAAUAGAUAAUGUUAUGAAAAUAAAUUAAACUAAACGCAAAAGAGAACUCAAUUGAAAGUACAAUCAGUCAUUAGGACACUCUUUAAAAGGUGUUUUUUUGGUGGUAGAAGCAGGAAUAACGAGAUGCAUGCGAAGUGCCGCGCAAUCAUUUUGGCUCGGGUUCGGUUCACGUAUCUGUAUUUACAUAGGGGCUAAGUUUGGUUCAAUUGUCAUCCAUAUUCUGGGGGUUUUUCAGAGGUUAUUUUAGUUUUCCUCCUUCAACAAAGACAACUUUCCAGAUCUUAAAUUCACUUGAUGCACUAGGUCGGACGUAUAUCAAGUUUUUCCCUCUGAAUUUGACUUUUUUCAGACUUUUUUCAUUUUUUUAUCUAUUCUACAGGUGACCCGUGUUCACCCGAGCCCUGUCUGAAUGGAGGAACUUGUACAGCGGAGAGUAACCCGCUGGGUUUUGAAUGCAGCUGCCCUUCAGGGUAUAUUGGAUUUAACUGCGGCGUCGAGCAAGGUAUAAGAAAUGCACCAAAAGUGCAAUCAAUAAUUGUGCCAAAGACUUAGUGAUUUCAUAAAUCCUUUAAUUGAAGUCCGUUCAUCCGUUUGUUUAUACGUAAACUAUUCUGCCCAUUUCUUUAUAUAUCAACCAGUCAUAAAGUUGCAUCAAUUUAUCAAGUUUAUUUUCUUCUUUGUAGGCCUUAUUUGAGUGAGAACUUAACUAUUUAGCAGUCUCUCAUGGAAGUCAGAACUAUGUAUUUAUAUUGCAAGGUAUUGAAUAUAUUUGCAUUUUUCUAAGUCAAAGUUCCUCAUCAGGUGACCGAUGCUCGGACAACCCCUGCAACAAUGACGGGAUGUGCACAGCGGAGAACAACCUUCUUGGAUACAGUUGCAACUGCUCUUCAGAAUUUGUCGGUUUUGAUUGCUCUCUUCUGAAAGGUGUUAUCGUGUUUACCAGAAUAAUUGAUAACUUUACUUUUUAGAAAAAAUGAGCAUAAUAUUUACGAAACAACAUCAUCCCAGGACGUGCCAUAGUUUUGAAUGCUGGUUCAAUAUGUGCUUGAAAAUCGUAAUGAUGUGUAUUUCAUAGAGAUGUAUGCGUACAGUUUAUAUCCAUAGAAUCUCUAAAUAUUUUAUGAGAAAAUAUUAUGUAUGAAACGUAACAGAGAAUUUUAAAAGACCUUGAGAGUGUUAUAUUUAUGUCGCAAAGAGAUUAUACUUGUCUGCCAUUGUCGCGAUUAACAAGUGUACGCAACGAACUCAACUCAAAAGAUAGAAAUUUCGAAUCUCUAGCUUAGGCAUCAUCAUCAAAGAUCAUUUUUGAGCUGCAGCAUGUUUAAAAAGUUUAACAGCUUUGCUUUGGGUAUAUCUCUCAACAGACGAUCCCUGUCUCCCGAAUCCAUGUAAAAACGAUGGUAAUUGUACAAGGACAGUUGAUCUGAAGGAUUUCACGUGCAAUUGUACCUCAGAAUACAUCGGUGAUACAUGUGGCAAUAGGAUAGGUAGGAAAGCUUCUAAAAAGUUUAAACGAAAAGUUGUUGUUGUUGUUGUUGUUGUUAAGCUUAAUGAACGUAAGAAAGAGGAGAAUUCGAGCCUCCUUAGAUUAAUGGAAUUUUAGACCUCGAGAUAUGGCGUUCUAAUACCCAACCGCCGAGAUAGUUCAGAAUACUCUAUAUUGAGCUAAGCAUUAGUAGCAUGGAGUAUACUGCUACGAUCAGAAAUUUUACAAGCGUCUUGAGCGUGGAUAGAUAGAGGAGGAAAAGGAGUGGUUUGGCUAACCAACGACUUCUCUUUUGCUCAGUGGUUCAGCAUCAUACCGUGAAAUCUUCAUUUCUGCGGCCAGCGAUAUCCCACGGGUCUCCGGUUUACUCUAUGCUAUACCAAGCACCCAUGAGAUGAGUAAUAUACUUUUUAUUACCGAGAUCAAACGUUUUCGGCGUCAAUUUAUUUUGGAAGUGGCUGGUCCUUUCAUGAAAAUGUACUCUUGUCGCAUUAAAUUAACUUCUUAAAUCUUUCUGGCAUUUUCAAGUUCACGGCAACUGGAGCGACUGGAAUGAAUGGCCCAACUGUAACAAGCCCUGUAAUGGCGGAUCUAAAACAAGAAAACGCAGAUGUGAUAACCCAGCACCAGCUUUUGGAGGGAAAAACUGCGAAGGUUUACCCACAGAAACGGAGAGCUGUAAUUUGGCAAGUUGUCCAGGUUCGGUGUUGCUUGUACGAUGUGUAGGUUUACUUUCUAUGACUUUAAUUCUUCGAUCGAGAUAUUCGGUAACCUUUCAAGGUCCAUUUAUAUGACAAAAAAUAUUAAUGCAUCUGCCAAUAACUAUUUUUUUUCGAUUUUCAGCUGAAAUGAUAAACUACAAACUCAAGUUAAAAAGUAGAGACUGGAACAGCAAUCUAGCUAGUGUGGAAACUGAAGAUUACAUGGACCUUGAAGAUACAAUUAAGAAAGAGGUCAUUUGUGUUACGACAAUUUUAGUCUGUUACACGAUUUAUGUAAGCAUAAUUGCCAGUGCAUUUUACUGACGGGGCGGCACUGAUGCCGGUUUUUGGGCAGUCAAAUUGUAAAAAAAUCUCAAAAUUGGUUCAUGUGUAACGCGCGUAUACAAGGAGUAUGGAUGCAUGAAGGAAGUUUUGAGCACAAGAAAGAAGCGUAAGAAUUGCUCGAAGCGCAGCAGGAAAUAGGGUUAAGGAUGAGAGAAUCAGGCCACAGAGUACGGGCUUUGGGAUGCGAAAUACGAGAAUCGAGGCACGGGACUCUGGAUGCGGGGUUAGGGAUUUGCUAAGGGUUGGAGUUAAGAUUUUUCUAGUUUUGAUUUUGGCUAAGUUUAGUUCGAGAUUAAUUUCCUUAUUAACGUUUUGCUAUUAUUGUUUGUUUGUUUGUUUGUUUGUUUGUUUUUUUGUCGUUCUCUCUAGGUAAUCAAUUUUUAUAACAAAAGAGAUGAAGAUGUUACAGUGGUGGUUUUAGAGUUCAGGUACGUUAUGUAAGUUAUGUUUAGGAUUUAUUAGAAACUGACAAGUUUUAGAGAGUACCAGCCUGACUUACUGGUGGAGUGUAACUUAUGAUAGACUAGCAUCCACUUUGUGAGAAGCAAAAAUAUACCUGCGGUAGUUUCAUGCAAGUCAUGUAUGAGGCUUUAAACCUCACUAUUACACGAUGAAGCGCACUAAACAAUAUAACAUCAUGUUAUCAAAGAUUUGUAUUCGAAAAUGAUGGCUUUAAUUCGUCUUCAUUUUCAGACCUGGAAGUGUUAUUUCUAGUUUUAACGUUACCUACCCUGGAAUAGACUCAUUACAGAUCGUUUCAAUUCAAGAAGAAAUAGCGGGAGGUGCAUUGGGGGAAACUUCAGCUGAGUUGCUUAAUAUCACAGCCUCGAAUGGUACGUAAGCAAAGUAAUUCUCAACUGAUGAGUGUAAAUAGCAUUACGGGAUUGCGCUGCUCCAUCAUUAACUUGAGAAGCUAGUACCCUUCGGGCAUUUUGCUAGUUUUGGCUCUGAGCUCACUGCAUUGUUCCACUGCGAGACUAUAUUUUGUUCUAAUAAGCCUUCGUAAUUUCUUUGGAUUUUGACGACUUCCAAUCAAGGACGACUCUGAUUUGGCCUAUAGUUCUUUUCCUCACGCCUUUGGCUUAUCGUUGACAAAGAUGUAAGAUAUAAAUAUUUCUUAAAAUGUCUAGAGACGUCAGCUGUAACUACCUCUGAGAGCUGGCGCUUAAUAUACCGAAGACUUCUGGAAAAAAUGAAAAAAAUCCAAAAUUUUGCAAAAUAAGUGUGGCUCAUCGAUGAUUCUUCCUCUUCGCAAUUGCGUAGUCUUUAAUGAAAAUGUCUUGUUAGGUUUCAAUUUUUAAGCUGCCAAAGUGUCUUAUAACUUAUGUUAAAAAGGAGACGCUAAAGACCUUCAAAUAAUAAAACGACAUAGUAUAUUUACUUCGGCAUUGAGUAUGUUCCGGGUCCAAGAGGCAUUUUAGCCCAAGCCAGUACAUAAUGGCAAAGAUCAACUCUAAGAGCUGAGGGCCUAAAACAUAAUUAGGCCGCGUAGAUCAUAAGCUGUAUGGCCAUUAUUAUGAGAACUGAAGAAAUUAAAAACGAAACAGUCUGAACAAUCGUGAGAGCGGGCUAAAAUACAUUUUAAACCAUCAAAAUCUCUGCUCAGCACGCAUUACGUGAUUUGGAUAGCUUUGACAGUAUUUUUGUUCCGCAGUACCGGGAGCUCCGCUCAUCACGGAGGCUACUAGUACCACUUCGACGAGCAUUGAGUUGGAAUGGACUGCUGUCUUCCAGCCACCUUCUGCUCCACUGCUUGGCUAUGUUAUAGUGUACAAAGAAAUCAAUCGAAAAUUCCAACCAGAUAUUAUGAAAUCAUUACCUCCCAAUCCCUCAAAAGCAGUGCUUGAGGAUUUAAAAAAGUUUACUAACUACACCAUCCGGGUGUAUGCUUUUACAAGCAGCGGAAAUGGAGCGUCUAGUAAGGCAGUCUCUGUCAGCACUCAGGAGGACGGUGAGUCUGAAAUAUGAGGAGAAAAUUUUCAGUUUCUGGGCCAGGCCUCUCGCUAGCACGUCAAAUAAAUCUAUAAAAAUCAGCUUAGAGAACUGUGUGUUAUAUCAAAAUGACCCCCCUGUUGAUCCUGUACAUCUGUUUGUACGACAUUUUUUGUAAAACUAUGCAAAUAAAUGGUAGGUUAAUUACUGUCGGAGUUGAAAGGGUUGCCAAAGUGAGCUGACUUUGUCUGUGAUUUCCUUUUUUUCUCCCACCGUGACAAACACCCCAAAUUUCAAUUUGAUUCGGUAAAAAUCGAAGUAAGAGCCACCAUAUAGGUGUGGCAUUGCUGAAAUUAAAUUAUUCAGGUUUGAGGGAUCACAACAGUUGCGCUAGAGAGUAGACCAUAUACAAUUCUUUGUCAAUUACGUGACAUUGUCCCUUGCUUUAUCUCAUUUGUAAUGCGGAUGAGUUACGUUUUCUUCAACAAGCUGAAUACUUUUCUGUUCUUAUAACCUUUCUAUAUUGAACUUAGUACUACUUUUUUCUCUACCCAGUGCCAAGUGAACCGCCUCCCAAUAGCGUCAUUAAAUCUACAAGUGAGAAUUCAAUCCGUGUGUCCUGGGAACAAAUCAGCCAAGUCCAUGUGCAUGGAGUACUUCUAGGGUACGAGGUGAGAUACGCAAUAGAUGAUGGGUCAUCGCCUUGGGUGAGCAAGACACUAGGUGUAGAUGAAUAUGAAAUACAUUUAAAAGAUCUGGAAUAUUUCACACCAUACAAAGUUGUGGUUUGCGCUAGAACAUCAAAAGGCUGUGGCGAAGAGUAUUCUGACAUCGCUUAUACGUUUGGAGAUGGUGAGUUUAUGCACUCUUCUAUUCACAGUUAACUCUUUUAUUUCCAGGAGUUAAAAAAUGUCUCCGUGCAGCAUAUUUCCAUUUAAAGAGUUCAUAGGGAGAAGAAACAAUAUAUGGGGGAUAUUGACUGAUUUAACAACAGAUUAUUAGGGCUGACUUAUCAAGAAAUAUAUGGAAGACAGUAUAGAGGAUUUUUAAAGGCACAGGGUCAAGGAUGGCUUAUCAAAAUUUACAAAUGACAAUCUUCUUUAAUAUCUUCACAAGCUUUCUUGAUAGAGGAUGAAGCAGUCAUGAACAUAGAAAUGUGAUGAAGGACGCUUAGCGUAGGUUUUACAGCUGGGCGGAAGAAUAACGCGGAAGAAUAUUGUGAUGCAUAAUAUUUUUAAGAUUUGAAAUUGGUUGAGUGCUUCCGAGCUAGCUAGAUUUUCAGGAGAAGUCUGGAAUAUUUCAGCAGUCUUUCGCUAAGGCUCUGAAAUCUUAUCAAUCAAUCUAUGGUUUUGUCAGGAGCUUUUUUUCUUAUACUUAGUGCCUAGCAAGCCUCCUCAAAGCGUAGCUGCUGAAAGACUGAAAGCUGCAGAAUUCAUUAAAGUCACCUGGAGUCCUGUGCCUUUUGGUUAUGUCGGUGGUCUUCUCAUGGGGUAUUCCAUAAAAUAUCGAAGAAUUGUAACAGCUGAAAAGGAAGUUCUUCCAUGGGAGGAGGAAACAGCCAUAGCAAAAUCAACGGAUCUCUUCAUAUUUUUGAAAGUUCAAACCUACUCAAUUUACGAAAUUAAAGUGGCGGCGUUCACUCAAAAGGGCGUGGGCCCGUAUAGCGAUUAUGUUUAUGGUGGUGAGUUUGAUGCGGGAGUGAAAUACCAGGAGAAGAGAAAAAUGAUAGCAGCCUCAUUGUAAAUUGUUUUCAGAACUUUACUUGAAAUUUACUGCCAAUUAACUGGCAAGAAAGGGGUUCAUAAGCAUAUUACAGAAUCUUAUGGGGGGAUGAGGUAAAUUAUAUCUUGAUACAAAAAAAAAUUCUCCAACACCCGCCCCCCCCAGGAGAUAAGUAAUGCAGACCGCUUCUUUAUAUGGUGUCGUGAUUUGGUUCUCUCGACGACGGAGAGGUGAGUGGGAGGGUAGGACAUUAGCAUAUUGGUGAGUGUUGAUUUUUGUCCUUCUGAUAAAAAAACAAUGGAAUUUGUUUUCUUCUUUUUUUCGUCUUUCCUUCUCUUUUAGAAACCUGUCGCUGUCCGAAAAUCCUUUACACUAACUACUGGUCAGCUUCUCCAUAUCUAAGAGUGAACAGACAGAACAAGAAGUUUGGUGGAAUAUUGAGUAACAUUGUCAUUGACAUGAUUCAAGUGGCUUGCGACACCUGUCCCGAAUACGGUCGUACUACAGUUAAAACUGACUCAAACGGAAAAGGAAAAGAUGCCUUCAAGAAAAGUCUCUUAGGAGUUCUAGCUGACAUUGAUAAUAUCCCACAGAUAAGUUUCCCGAUUUAUGGCAACGAAUACAUCACAAGGUUCAUGGGAAGUAAUGUCUACAUAAACCUUGUGGAGUCUCCAGGACUAGCGUUUAUUGCAGUGAAGAGGAUGCCUGGAACAGCGGCCCGGAACAUGAUAAGUGCUGUGUUGGAUUGCGCUCCGUUGGUAGUGCUUUCAGGCUGUAUGGCGUUCAUCGCAGGGUUUAUUGUAUGGGUUCUGGUGAGUAGAUAUAACAAGUAUUUACCUGUUGGAAAACAUGAAAUUGGAUUUAUUUGGUUCAUCUCACACAAAUUAUUUGAUAAGAGAUUCCUCUAAGCGAGGAAGAAAUUCCAUCAAUAUUUGCCACGCUCUAAACAAGCGGCUUUGUACCGAAUUAGCAUCGAACAGGCGUGGGCUCAUUCCCCGUAGAGGCGUAAAUCGGUGAAGUGGUGGCAAUGUUGUUUAAUUUAUUUUUUUGAAUAUAAAACCGUUUUACCUCUCUUUCCCUGAAUCGUCCCUCGUUUAAGCCAUAAGCCUUAUGAAAAUAGACAUGAUUUUCUUUCUUUUCUUCUGUUGAAAUCAUGUGUCUUUUUUUCUUAUUCGACAAUUCUUUGAAACGACAUUGUCAAGCCUCGUGCAGAUCAGAUGCGGUAGUUUAUUAGAAGUAUAAAGAAUUCUCUUAAACCUUUUUUUCACGUAAUAUUUUUAAACAGGACAUGAAGCAAAACCCGGAUGAAUUUCCAGCCUCUUUCAGCAAAGGCGUCGGUGAAGGAUUCUGGUGGUCAUUUAUCUCCAUGACAACUGUCGGGUGAGAACAGCACAAAAAAUAACUUUUGGUCGCAUGAACUUCGUUAAGGACCUUUAUCAUUUGUUUGUUGCUUUUUUUUUCUUCUUAAAACAGUUAUGGAGAUCGUUCGCCCCGUUCUGUUCCUGCUCGUAUUUUUGGUAUCGCAUGGACCCUGACUGGUCUAGUUAUUAUCUCAAUUCUGAUUGGUACAAUUUGUUCAGCGCUCACGUCUUCAACUAUAUCAUAUCCCGUUACCCUCUAUGGCACAAAGGUGAGUUAUUUCGAAGACUUUCACAACACGUUUCUAACUAUUCUUUGCGCUUUGGAUGGAAUCUCACCAGCAAAUUUUUCUGCAACAAAAUCAAUGGAUUUGCAUAAUAAUGACAAACAAUGCACUGAUUAUCAAAUGGUUAAUUAAGUAUCGGUGAAUAAAUGGACUUAUUUGUCGAUUUAGAACAGACCGACUAAUUGAUUGGCCAACUGACUGAUUGAUGGAUUAAUUGAUCGAUCGAUAGAUGGAACUAGUAAAUGACUGAUUGGUCGUCUCAUUGCUUGCUCCUGAAAACUCACGAAAGUGUCUUCAAUCUCUUCUUUGAUUUUUUAAUUAGCAGAGCAAUGGAUAAAAAUUGUAUUACUUUGGACGUUUGAGAUUUCAGUUUGCUUGGUAUAUGGAUAUUUAUGUCAUUUCAGAUUGGAGCCAUUCAAAACUCUACAGAGCAACGCGUCGGCACUUUGAAAAACGCAAGAGUAAAUGAAGGUAAUACUGAAUUUUCCUUUUUUUCUGUGAUUACUACUAUACUUUUCUAACCAAAAGGAAACAAUUAAUCUGCGUGUAGCCAGCGUGUUUUCCUUGAUACAUUAAUGUGGGAAAGAAAAAGCACUUUUUUGUUAGGCAGGUCCCUUCGUCCAAGAUUGAAGGUGUCAAAAAAAAUGAAAAAAAUGUGUUUUACGAGAAAAAAAAUUCUUUUAGGGCAGCUGGCAUGACAAGGAUAAUUUUCAGUCUCUUAUCAUUCACUGCCACUGCUUAGGUUGUCAUUCAUUUCUUCUCCGACUUUGUUAUUGGGGACGUGAUGGCUAACAAUCCAAUUGAUAUCAUCAAUAUCAAAAUAUCAAACAAGUUGAUCUUUGAUAUGCAAGCUUGUGUCGCUGGUUAUUUAAACUACCAAGUCUAAGUAAACUUACUUGGAAAUGUAAACUUGCAGCAAAAAAAAAUGCUAUUGGAAAUGCGUUUUGCUCAGUAAAGCCGUGAGAAAACUUGUUUAUAAUCAUAAGUCUUAACUAACCUAUAACUGAAUCACAGAUAAGAAAUAUACCAACUUUGAGGACAUCCGUUCAGCGCUGGAGGAUGGAAAAGUUGAAGGUGCUCUUUUAGACACAUAUGUUGCGGCGGAACACAAAGACGAGCUCUUCAACGACAAAAUAUUCGUCAAAGAGAUUCUGGACAGACCAUUUGGUUAUGGAGUUGUUCUAUCAGGAGCAGCAGUAAAUGUGGAACAGAGAUGUCGCGAUUACAUCAGCAUGCAAAUAAGCAAAAUAAUCCAAAUCAUCCAGAACACAACAGAGACGCUUGAUGUAAGUGUCUCAUUUUCUUUAAAAAAACGCUUUUGUUUGAACACAUGGAGUAUGCAGAGGUUUUUGAGGUACUUUUUGGGUUAGAGGAGAAAACUUCAAUUAAUUGUCGUAAAAAUAAAGCAAAGAAAUCACAACGUUCAAUCAGAUAAAAGGAGAAUAUCGAAAGAACCAAUAAGAACGCACGGUAAAACCAAUCAAACUGUCUGAAGGGCAGGAAAACGCGAGCGAUCAACUCAGAAAAGCUUGUUUUAUUUUCUGAAGCAUCAACACCGUGUAGUACUUUGUGUAAUGUCAGAAACAAUUCAUCAGUGCCUGUUUUUCCUAAUUACACUUAAAACUUUUCUUGGUUGAAUUAGCUUUUUUAUUACUUUUAUAGAACCUCUUUUUAUCUUUUUGAGAUUGGAAAGCGCCUUUGAACAUUAGGAAAUUGGUGCUAAAUAGAUAUCUUUAUCCGGAACGAGUUUUAAAGCACUCUUUGCAACUCUAUGUUUCUAAGGUAAUAAUAAGCUUCCAGUAUUGAUAGACAUUACCUGACUGACAUUACCGACCACCCUCUAUCAUUAAAGAAAUCGUAUAAUCUCAAGCUAUUCGUGGCACAGUCUACCCACCAAAGGUACAUUGCAGACAGCCCUGUGCACUUUGAAAACGCUGUUCGUUCUUUUUUUUACUUUAGCCAGCUUCAUCAGAUGAGGAUGUGGAACAAAGCACGGGCCUGUUUGAUGGUUCUUCUGAUAUGUUCGUUAUCGCGAUGGCUUCUUUGAUUGGAAUGUUAGCAGUUGCUGUCAUCGUUGGACUUAUUUAUCAUUAUAAGAUAUUUGUUCCUCUGGAAAACAAAGGUAAAGGUAUUGCUUUGUUUAAUGGAAACCAAAUAGGGUGUCUGGUUUGGUUUAUUUCAAAUGUGAACAUAGAUUACACAUAAAGGCAAAUGCUUGGGAAGAAUUGCGAGAUCGAUUUCUCUUGGCCGCAAUUUUGGAUUGGUGUGACCGAGAUGACCUGGGUUGGGUAAAAAAAUGUAAUCUAGCGAGGCAAUUGAUAGAAAGACAGACUGGCAGCUGGAAGGAGAUGACGAGGUUUGUUUUCCGUCUAAUAUUUGUCAGCUUAUCCUUCCUCUCCCUUUGCAAAUCCAAGAUGGGAACUAUUAGCUACCAGACAACUAACUCGCUCAAAAACGGGAGCAAUCGUCGGGAGAAUUUGCUACAUUUGACUCUUUACUUUUGGAGGCUGAGCUUUUAAAAAAAUAGCCUGAGUUUUACGAUUUAUGGUAGAGCAAUCAAUCGUGAAAUUUUUGUUAUUUCAGUUGCAAGACUCAAAUCAUCUACAUCACAUUUUGCUUCGAAAGAAGCUUUUGUUGAAGAAAUGAGCGAAUUCGUGAACUCGUUCUAUUCUGAGCUGUUCAUCAAGAUAAAUGCGAGCAAAGAGAAGAACAAACAAGCAAUCAAGAAGAUCAAAGAAAAACAUACAGUUGGAAAGAAACUUGGAGGAUCUGCAAAGAGCUCGAAAAUUCCUGGCCUGGUGAUAAAAAAUCCAGUCUAUUCAAGCUCGUCGGCUGAAAACUCCUUCGACAUGAAAAGAAAACUCAUCGGGCCCAGCUCGAAAAAAAGCCUUCCCGAUCAGACUCAACAAUGGCAUUCCCCAAAUUCUGCAGCUUUGAAUCGUGCUGAAGUAUUGUUGAGGUCAAAAAGCUCAUCCAAUAAUCACCGUCAACGUGAUAUGGGUUGUGAGACAACUUUGCAUAACAGUAAAGCGAAGAAAAGUUAUACGAAGCCCAGAAAGCUUAAUAUUGUAAAAUAG